GAGAAGGGAGAAAUUGAGGAUACUUCUUUCAAAAGGUGAGAAUCGAUCCCCUAUUAUAGAAAUGGAAGGAAAACCUUACAAGAUACAACUACUAAGCUAACCUUGAUCCUUAUUUACCUAUAGAGAUUGAAAGGUGUAGAAAGGUGAAAGACAAAAUUGAAUUUGUACGCGCAAUGUAAUAGAGAUUUGUACUGAGACCUGUGGGUACUCUGUUGUAGUUUCCGUGUUGAUUGUUGAAAGGGAUCUUCAACUUCUUUUUUUUUAAGGGGAGGAUCUUCAACUUCUAGGAUGACUAAAGAGGGAAGGUAUUCCUAUUCUCUAUUUCUGUCAGAAAUAAGUUUUUUUUGGCGACGUUUUCUUCCUUUUUCCCUCCAAUUCCUCCUAUCCAAAAUUGUAAAUGUAAAUUGUGGAGAGCGACGUUGGCUUGAGAAAUUAGGUACACUUGUUUCGUUGUUUACUUGACGUUGGCGUGAGAAAAUGGGUACACUUGGUUUACUCAAUCAAUAGCCAAUCAUUAUCUGAUGAAAGUUCAAAGAAGCUACCUCAUAUUCAAAUAUGUAAUUUACUAAUUUAGCAGUAGUACUCCCCGCCGAAAAUUAACAAAUACUUUUCAUUCUGAUAUGUCGACCAUGAAUUAUUUCUUUUUGACGGUCAUAUUAUAUAUUUUCCCUCCUAUUUUUCUAAGUUCUACCAGCUAUAAUAUACUAUAAUAGAUGAUCUAUUUCAACUUGUAUAUAUAUAUUUGCCUUUUGUCGAUGCACACAAUUAACCAUCAAUAUCUCUAAUUAUAAAUAUAAAAAAUUGAUAUUGCGAAAAUAUAUAUUGAAACAAAUCUAACAUCAUCUUAUAUACUAACAUUUGUAUUUAUAUAUUUGUUAAAAAAUAUAAAUAGUACAAAGGUUUAUCCUUAUAUGUUAUGUCGCACAUAGAUCUCGACCCUCAAUUCACUGGAUCCAAUUCCAAUGGCGGCGUUGAGGUUCGGACCUUAGGGGGGAUUUUCGUAGGAACCUCAUAUAUAUAAAAUAUGUAUUUUUUGAAAUAUAUUUUUAUAUGAUUUUGACUAAUACGUGAUUAAAGAUAUUCCUGGUGAAAGGUCUCCUUACAGAUCACCCUAAAACAACAAAUGUAGAAGAAAAAAAAGACAAUGAUGCGUAUUACGUUAGCAAAAUAACGAUGAUAAGGACAAUUGUUUCCAGAGUACUAAACUCCAAUCAUGAGAGUAUGAAAGUUCCCACAUGAACCUAUAAAAGUUGGAACUUUUCUUCACACUCAUAUCCUAUAUAAUGUGAAAAUAUGACCUUUGAUACACUGGUUUCUCAAAUGCUCCAAGUCUUUUGGCUUGAUUGUUGAAAGACUUUGGAGCACAAGUCUAGUUGUUCGUCCACUAGCUUGCUGCUUGUAUGAGUAUAUGGUCUUGAAUUCUUGAUCCUUUCUUUGGGUUACCGUUCUAUAUCAUACUUGUAUACUAAAAACACUUCAUUUAAUUUGAUGGUUAUAAAGGUAUACAUAAUACAUCUUUGAUACACAUUGAAUUUCCAUAAGAAAAAUGGCUUUCCAUUUCUUUUUCAUACACUUUCCCUUCAUAACCUUCAUGAUCUUCUUAGCUGUUCGACUUUCGAAUGGCGAAGAUGAAAAUUAUGCAGCAUGUUCUACUCUAUACUCUUGCGGGAAUAUUUCAAAUGUUGGGUACCCGUUUUGGGGAGGCAAUAGGCCCCAAUUCUGUGGGAUCCGAGACCUCCAUCUCUUAUGUAAUCAAAAUUCUACAACUAUGAAUGUGUUUCAGACUCCAGUUUUUCCAUUAAGUGUGAUUGGCAUCGAUACUUCUUCCCACAUAAUGAAUGUUUCCAAAGGUAUCUUGUUGAACCAUUGUUAUUUGCAACAUAUGAGUAAUAUAUACUUGCUUCCUAGUCUAAAGCCAGACUCCAGGAAUAUAAGAUUGUACUAUGGUUGUACAAAUUGCAGUUCCACAGAUCAUCACUCCAAGUCUUUUAACUGCUCUGAGGAUAGUACUUAUGGUACUGCUUAUUACUUUAAUGAACCAUCUGGGAUAAACAAGUGUUCGUGUAAGAACAAUGUUACUUUUCAGGUGGAUAAGAGAGUGGUAGAUGAGCUCAGAAGCACAAACAAUGCCUCAAUCUGGAGUAUCUUAACGAAGUGGCCGAUUAGAACGGCGUAUGUGGCGAACUUCACAGCUUGUUCCAAGUGUGAGGAGUCUGGCGGCAGAUGUGGAUCAUCAGGGGAUCCAUCUUCAAAUCAAUUCGUGUGUCACUGCAGAGAUGGACCCCAAUCACAUGUGUGCUCUAUCAAAAAGAAAAUGGCAGGUUUACUUCUGGGAUUAGGAAUCGGAGGAGGAGCCUUACUCGUGCUUGUAGCAUUCAUAGUCAUCUGGUUCUGUAAGAAUGUAAAAUUGGUAAUCCAAAGAGCUUCUCUUGACUGUAGCGCAUCAGAACUUGAAAAAGGAAGUAUAUACUUUGGUGUGCCACUCUUUUCCUACAGUCAACUCAUUGAAGCCACUGCCAAUUUUGAUCAUUCUAGAGAACUAGGCACUGGUGGUUUCGGAAUUGUUUAUUAUGGAAAACUAAAAGACGGGAGGGAAGUAGCAGUAAAACGCCUGUAUGAAAAGAGCUGCAAAAGGGUAGAACAGUUCAUGAAUGAAGCUGAAAUACUCACCCGUUUGAGACAUCAAAACCUCGUGUCACUCUAUGGCUGCACUUCCCAGCACUGCAGAGAACUCCUCCUCGUGUUCGAGUAUGUAAAAAACGGCACAGUAGCUGAUCAUCUGUACGGUAAAAUGAUGAAAUCAGGAUUAUAUCUUCCAUGGAAUGUGCGUCUGACAAUAGCAAUGGAGACAGCUACUGCACUCUCUUACCUUCAUGCUUCUGAUAUUAUUCAUCGUGAUGUCAAAACAAACAAUAUACUCCUAGACGGAAACUUCAGUGUAAAAGUUGCAGAUUUUGGGCUUUCUAGACUCUUCCCAACUGAUGUAACUCAUGUAUCAACAGCUCCACAGGGUACUCCUGGGUACCUAGACCCGCAGUAUCACCAGUGUUACAAACUAACAGAUAAGAGCGAUGUUUAUAGUUUUGGAGUAGUUCUCAUCGAGCUCAUUUCUUCUUUGCCUGCAAUUGACAUGGACAGGCAUGACCAUGAGAUCAACUUGUCCAACUAUGCAAUCAAUAGGAUUCAAAGGUGUGCAUUUGAUGAGUUGGUGGAUCCACAACUUGGAUUCGCGUUGAACUUUAAGGUUCGGAGGAUGACUACAUUGGUGGGAGAGCUUGCGUUCCAGUGCCUGCAACAUGAAAAGGAACUCAGGCCAACAAUGAAUGAGGUUUUAGAGGGUCUCAAGGGGAUUGAAGGCGCUGAUUAUGAAGCAUUGAAGACGGAAGAGAUGGCUAAAAAUGCUGACAUAAAGUUGGUGGAAACACGUACUAGUAUCCUGCCAUCUUCACCUACAGAUGAUGGCAAUGCACAUCUGUUGAAUAAUCAUCGGGUAUACUUAUCUUCCCCAAUUUCUGUGAUUGAUAAAUGGGUUAGUAAAUCCACUACAUAUAGUAGUAGCAAGUGAGGUGAAACUUUCAUGUUAGGAAUAUAUCUAGUAAUUAGUUGAAAUUAGAUUUUAGUGUAAAUUGUUGGAAAGUUUCAAGUUGUAGGCAGGUCCUCUUUUGAAUGCUGUGUACAUAAUUAUGAGUGUCAAAGGGUCAUUUGGAUCGGACCGAUUCAAUGCGGGUUAUACUACCUCUGUUUUUAUUUAGUUGCAACAUUCACCUUUUUGCACAAACUUUAAGAAAUGAGAAAAGAGAGUAUAAUUGACUCACUUGCCCCUGCUACUAGUACUGAUCAGGUUCAAAAGAGUAGGUGAAGUAAGGGUAAUAUAGUCAAAUUAUCGCAAAAGCUUUCUUAAAAAAGGAAAAUGUUGCAAUUUAUAAAAAACACCUAAAAGUAGAAAUUGUUGCAACUAAAUAAAAAUAGAGGUAGUGUAUGGAUGAUGAUCAUUUGAUUUGGACAUAUGAUUUCCGGUUACAAAUUUCAAUUUUGAGUGGGUUAUUUUCAAUUGGUAUAAUAUAAGUUCAAGUCAGGUGAAGUUUUAGGUUUAGGACCUCUAGAUCGAGUUAUUCAUACUUAAUAAGUUUUUACCUUAUUGAGUUCACGAUUAUAUCAUAUGUGGAGAUUUCAGAGUUUGUAAAUUGUAAUACAGUUUUCUCAAGUUCUAAAGAAAUGUCAAGUUUUGCAAGAAA